CGUGUUAGCAAUAUUACUCCGAACAUGUCAAUGAACAAGUACAUGCACCCACGAAAUAUUUACAAAAAACCACCAGACUUUCAACAGUUGGCCCUAGGUUAUCCAGAAUUUAGAAAAUAUGUAAAACUGGACAUUUGCGGUAAGGUCUCGUUCGAUUUCAAAGACCCGGACUCUCUUAGGGUUUUGUCCCGCACUCUACUGAAGAAAGAUUUCGGCUUAGACGUACAAAUCCCAAGAGAAAAACUCGUGCCUACUAUUCCCCUACGGUUGAAUUACAUUUUAUGGAUGGAAGACUUGCUAGACUUUAUGCAACUCGGAGAAAACAUAAAGGGUAUUGACAUAGGCACGGGGGCGUCUUGCGUUUAUCCCCUGAUAGCAGCUAAGAAGAAUAACUGGUCCAUGGUUGGUACAGAAAUAGAUGAAAAAAGUGUCUCUUUCGCCAAAAAAAACGUGGAAUCUAAUAAGUUGAGCUCGUUGAUUACUAUAGUUCGCGUUCAACCUGACACGUUUUUAAAGGGCGCAGUCGGAAAUGACCCGUACGACUUUUGCAUGUGCAACCCGCCAUUCUUUUCCAGUUUCCAUGAAGUACAUCCAUUCUUUAAAAGUCGAAAAAUUGAUCGGCCCAGACCAAAAAACGCCUUUGUCGCGACUGCUAACGAAGUCGUGUCCAAAGGGGGCGAAGUAGAGUUUAUUAAACACAUUAUAAAAGAAAGCAAAGAGCUUGGAGAUCAACUUAAGCUGUGCAGUAGCAUGGUAGGCCACAAGUCGAGCUUGCCCCAUCUAAAAGCAUUUCUGAGAGAACUCGAGGUGCGUAGCUUCAAAGAGACCGAGUUUUGUCAAGGGAACACAACAAGGUGGGGUCUGGCAUGGACAUUUUGCAAUUUUGACCUUCGUAAAGCUACGGAUGUGGUAAAAUUAGUUGGAAGACCCGUCAAAAAGCAUCACCCCAUGUUCUACUUUUUGCCUGUCGCAGACACAGGCAUAGAAAGUGUGAACAAAGUCACAGUAAGAAUUUUAAACAUAUUUAAGACACUGAGGAUGACUUUUGAGGAAGUCACUCGAAACAAAAGCCAUCAAAGGUUCUUUGUGACUGCUCUUUUUAAUACUUGGUCUCAUCAGAGAAGGAAAAAAAGGGAGAAAAUGCGAAAAUCAUUGGAGGGCAAUGACACGAACAGUAUCCAAGAGGAACCAAUUCAGACUGAAGUUAAGUCUCCAGGAAAACGGGUUUUAGAUGACCUUUGCGAUGGGACUUUUACGAAGAAACUGAAAAUUAACGGCGAUAACCAUGAAGCAGCGGUAUUUUACAAGUUUUUGUUCGGGGUGUCUGUGAUUGGAGGAAAAAUCGCUUUGGAAUUGAACACAGUGGAUGGUUUCGAUAGGAGAGAAUACCUAAACCAAAUUUUGCAGUACAUUAAAAACAAUUUACGGGAUGAGGUUGCCCAUUAGGUGUCAUUUUCUUCUA